UAAAACCAGACAUAUUGGUAUCUUGUAUGAAGCAACCGCUUGUGUACUCCCCUAACAGCAAACUUAGCGAUGCUAACAGUUUAGAAGUUCAGUUAGUAACGUUAGCCUCCUGCCGUCGACAUGAACGCGUAUCACGUUUUGGAGCUGGUGGGAGAGGGCUCGUUUGGUCGAGUUUACAAGGGGAGGAAAAGAUUUACUGGCCAGGUGGUGGCUCUGAAGUUUAUGCCAAAAGUGGGUCGUUCUGAAAAGGAGUUGCGAAGUCUCAAGAGAGAGAUUGAGAUUAUGAGGGGUCUUCAGCAUCCAAACAUUGUCCAGCUCUUUGACAGCUUUGAGACUGAAACGGAGGUUGUGGUUGUAACUGAGUAUGCAGAGGGUCAGUUGUUCCAGAUACUUGAGGAUGAUGGGCAUUUACCAGAAAGCCAGGUCCGUGGGAUUGCCUGCCAGCUGGUCUCAGCUCUGUAUUAUUUACACUCCCAUCGCAUUCUUCAUCGUGACAUGAAACCACAAAAUAUACUAUUGGGGAAAAGUGGGGUAGUGAAACUGUGUGACUUUGGAUUUGCCAGGGCCAUGAGCGUUUCCACCUUGGUGCUGACUUCUAUCAAGGGAACACCUCUGUACAUGUCUCCUGAGCUGGUGGAAGAAAAGCCAUAUGAUCACACUGCUGAUCUCUGGUCUUUAGGCUGCAUCCUGUAUGAGCUCCACACGGGGGCGCCUCCGUUCUACACUAACUCCAUCUUCCACCUGGUGCAACUCAUUGUGAAAGAUCAAGUAAAAUGGCCAGACACCAUGAGCGACACCUGCACGAGUUUCCUGAAAGGUUUGUUGACCAAAGACCCUCAGAAGAGGUUGUCAUGGCCAGACCUCCUGCACCAUCCCUUCGUUGCUGAUGGUGUUUUAGUGCUGUCAGACACAAAUGUUUUCAGUCCCCUGACAGUCACACCCAGCCCAGACAUGCUGGCGCUGAAACUUCAGCAAGUGGCAGCAAAGACGGUACCGAUUUCUGGAGAAAGUAGAUUACUGCGAAAGGCCAGGGAACAGAAGGAGAACAGCAGCAGAGGGAAACCAGUGGGUAGUGACAGUUCAAAAAAAAAAAAGGAUGGAGCAGGAAAUGAAAGGACCAACUCUGCGAUGGCAGCAACACCCACCAGAGCCAUGCCCCUCUCCAGUGAUUGGUCUGUUACAUCAGGUCACUCUGUCGUGGCACCUGCCAAUAAAAUGCUCGACCCAAAGAUUCAAGGCUGCGUGAGAUCAAAACACAGGGGUCAGAUCAGCAGAGACUAUGAACAGGAAUUCCCCUCUGUAGAGGUCGGCCCACAACAGGUGUGGAGAUACAAUGAGAACAGACAGACCACACUGCACAGGCAGAAUGUCGACAGUGAGGAGUACUGGGAGAAACUGGCCCAAGAAUCAGAUCCAAGCAAACAGCAGAAGGAACUAUUGAAUUAUAAUGACAUUAUACCUCAACUAAAAACCAAGAUUCUAGAUUUUAAAUCUCAGUUAACAGGCGGCGUUGUUAAAGAAGCCUAUCAGAUUCACCAACCACUAAAAGUCUUAGGCAACCUGAUUCUGACCUCUGACCUUGAGAAGUCAUACCACAUCGGCCGUGAGCUUGGACUACCCCAUAUCCUCUUUGACCUGGUCCAUGACACUGUAGAAAACUCAAAUUUCAUCAAGCAACCAUGGAGUGUGCCAGCACUUAAACAAAUGAUUGUAGUGCUCUUAAUCUACUGGGAUAAACAUAAUGACUGGACGGAAGAAGAACAUAGACUGGAAGAGUUCACCAAGCCCUUCGUCACAAUUCUUAGUCACCCAGACCUUGUUCCUUUGGCACCUUUUGCUGCCUCUGUUUUGUCUCUUUUGACACAACACAAUGUCAGUGUCGAAGUUGAUAUGAGCAAUCUGACCUCCUUGCUGAAAAACCUGCAUUUGGACUCAUAUGAGCCCCAGCUUUCUCUUCCUUCUGGCUGGGGACUCUGUGAUGGCCUCCUGUAUUUACUCCUACACAUGCUCUCUGAGCAUGAAAAUGGCUCUGGAUCUUCAUGUUUAGAUCCAGUUAUGUUUCUGGAUUUGUGGAAAAAAAUUGGUAAUUCACUCGCAGAGACAACAGCAGAGACACAUUUCUGUUCAGCAAAUGGGCUGUAUUCCUUGCUGUCUGCUGCGCUGUUUGUCUUCACCAAGGAUCCAUACUCAUGCAUUCCUCUGUUUUCUGAGAGCGAAUCAAAAUGUGUAUACGCUCUUGGCCGGCUGCUGGGCACUGACUGUCUUCAUUUGUUUGCUGAAGGCAGUCCUGGGAGACUUGAGGUAGAUCUGAGUCACGACAACCUGUCCGUGUUGAGCUGCCACUUGCUGUGCUUUCCGUUUGCCCUGGACCUGCCUUCACACACCACUUCCACAAUUCUCCAGUUGUAUGACAGUUGUGGUAUUGUUGCGAGCCUCCUGCAGGUAAUUCAAACUCUUCCUCCUCCUCUGCUGGAGCUGCCUCUCUCCCUGCUGAGCCGUAUGCUCCUGUGUGACCCUGAGCGCUCCGUUUCCCGCCUCAGAAAGACUGCCUCUGGUUUUUUCACGCCACCCAGGGACAGCCAGCUCACUGCCUCCAAACGCCAGACACCGCUAACCAGAACCUCCAGCUCUCUUCUCUUUGACUUGCUGCAGCUGGAUGUGCUGUCAGACUCUGCCGUGGAGCUCCUAACUCUGUUGUCCCAAGUAGCCCGUUAUUCCUCUCAGCCUGACUGUCUUCACCUUCACCUGGAAGCCUCAGUGCUGCACCAGGCGCUGGCUCACUCUCGUGACCAGAUCAGGGCUGCCACUUGUAGACUUUUGGCAAAUCUGGAUCCAUUCAGGCCUCCUACUCUGCAACUUGACAUUUUCAAGAGCAUGAUAGGCUGUCUUCAUGACUCCUGCCUGCCAGUCCGGCGAUUGGCUUGCAGAGCAGUUGGGAACUGGUUGGGAUAUAUUGCAGCUGGGGCAGGGUUUAAAAUGGGCAGGUCCAAUGGACAGGGCAGUGACACUACAGGGUGGGGCAAAGAGAAAGAACAAAACAAACACAACAGUUCACACAGUGAGACAGCAGGAGAUUUAACUACUGUAGUGGAACAGGGAGUGGACGAUGAGGAGGGGAGCAGGUGGAUGGAGGAGGCCAGGAGGACAGCAGCCACGCUGGCACCUCUGAUCACUGACCCUGAUGCCCUCACACGCCGUCACUGUUGUGCAGCCCUGGGAAACCUAGUUAAUGUUGAUGGCGCUGUAUCCUCGUUGCUGGAGGAGGAUGUGUCUAGCUUACUUUUGAGAGCUGCAUGCACGGAUUCCCAUAAUGCAGUGAGACGAGCCGCCAUAGCAACCCUGUGCCUGUGCAGUGAGCAGGACGCCAUACGUCAGGUCCUGAUAUCCCUCGAUGCCAGGAAGAAACUUCUACAGGCUUCACAACAUGCACCUCCACAGUGUGACUAUCAUCCGCUCAUUGCACAGCUGUAAGUGAGUCCGGUUCAUGAGAAAUGAUAUCAGAUCCAUGUGUAGAAACACUCUCCCUCCUUACUUUACUGUGCUACUUCCUCCUAGCUAAAGCAAUGUGAUAGAAGAGGACAGAUAAUAAUCAGAUCCCCUGUUUGCUGUUUUUUU